AUGCACAAGCCUUUGAGAUCGGAGUCUCCCAAGGAGCCAGAACAGCUGUGGAAACUCUUCAUUGGAGUGAGCUUGAAAACAACUGAGGAGAGUCUGAGAAUACAUUUUGAGCAAUGGGACACACACUGUGUGGUAAUGAGCAAUCCAAACACCAAGCGACUCAGUUGCUUCGGCUUUGUCACAUAUGGCACUGUGGAAGAAGUAGAUGCUGCUAUGACUACAAGGCCACACAAGGUGGAUAGCAGAGUUGGGGAACUUAAGAGAGCUGUUUCAAGUGAAGAUUCUCAAAGACCAGGCGGGGGGGGGGGGGAAUUAACUGUGAAACAGAUCUUUGUUGGUGAUAUUAAAGAGGACACUGAAGACCUGUGAGAUUAUUUUGGGCAGUAUGGGAAAAUUGAAGUGAUUGAAAUCAUGAGGGACAGAGGCAGUGGGAAGAAAAUAGGGUUUGCUUUUGUCACCUUUGAUGACUAUGACUCUGUGGGCAAGAUUGUUAUUCAGAAAUAUCAUACUCUGAAUGGCCACAAGGGUGAAGUGAGAAAAGCCCUGUCAAAGCAAGAGAUGGCUAGUGCUUCGUCCAGCCUAAGCAGUCGAAGUGGUUCUGGAAAUUUUGGUGAUGGUUGGGGAGGUGGUUUUGGCAGCAAUGAAAACUUUGGUCGAGGAGCAAGGGUGUGUGACAACUUCAGCUCUGCCAACUCCCACACCACCUCAUGA